AUGCGCCCUUCAUCGCAGUGUCAUAAACAACAACGUAAUUCUGGUUCACGCGCUAAGAGUAAACCAAUGCUCGUAAAUCGGGAACAAAAACCGAGUGAAAAGCCGCCUGCAAAAAACUGUACCAAAUGCAAAGAAUCAGCAAAUUAUUUAAAAAUUUUUGUGAAAAGACUGGGAACAAUUGAGGAGCUAGCAUCGGGCUCAACCGAAUUCAAAACGGUCAACAAGAAUAACUUUGCGGCGUGUACUCUUGAAGAACUUGGACAAUUAUUGGAUCUGACGACUAAAGUGAUUCAAGCCGGUACCAAUAAGCUGGCAAGUACAGCUCAAUCUACUGAGCCGAUUCCCUUACCGGUCCUGUCACCAGACGCUACGUUUUGCAAAUCUGAACCGGAGGAGCAAAAGCUUGGUCUGCCGACUCCUCAAGCCAGUCCGACGACUACCCCGUCACCGAGCAGUCCUGUGGAGAGUGAAGGAAAACGUUGUCGAGAGGAAGAUGGUGAUUGCGCCGGUGAAGAAAAGAUUCAAAAAAGAGUCAGAAUAUGUAUUAGCGAUGUUAUCACAGCCGAGCCCGCCGAUUUAGAUAUUGGUUACGAUCCAGGUCCGUUGCCUCUGAACAAAAGUCGGAACGAACAGUAUCGUCAUGAUUCCGGGUGUUUUGUUGGAAGCGAUACAGAAGACACGCAGAAAGAAGACUCGAAGCUUUGUGACACUAAUGGUGAUAACCCGAAAACCUCUGCAUGUUCAAGUAAUACAACAAGUGAAUCAAAUUUCGUGGAAGAAACGUCGCGCAAGAGCACUGCUGGCUAA